CAACCCGUCGACGCCAUGAACGUGUCCUGUGAUGGACGAGUCUAGCAAACCCCCAAAACGGAGGAGGAUAGAGAGGAAGCCGCUGUGUCGGAGGGGGUGGCAGUACCGGAGUUCCUGAGCUUCAACCGCGGCGGCAACAGGAGAGGAAGUAGCGGGAGGAACGGAGAUGGUGAGGAUUGUGACGUUCUUCGGAAUGACGCUGGGAGCUUUCAUGUUUUGGCAGACGAUGGAUCGCCUCCACGUCUGGAUCGCCCUCCACCAAGAUGAAAAGCAAGAGAGACUGGAGAGGGAGAUGGAGAUAAAAAGGGUUCGUCAACAACUGUUAGCUGAAGCAAAAGAAAGGGAGAGUAUUGCAUGAUCUUUUCUGUAUUCAGUUGUCCUGUUUGCAAAUGCUUCCCCUUUCGUUCACAGAUACCGUAUGCAUCAAUUUUUAGUUCAGAUUUGUUGUUUAAGAAAUAAAUGACCAUGUUGGAGCUUAAUUCAGUAAACAUGAACCUGGUGACCCAUUAAUGGGAGGAUUAAACUGGGAGGAGCAUCAGCUGGCUUCACGUUUCAAGUGGUCUGUUAUUUUUUUGUUUUUCAAUUGAGGAGGUUCUGGCUGUC